CUUAAUGCAUUAGAUCUUGCGUCUUUAUUUUUCCUAGUGAAUUUGUACCAAGAUCUUAAUGAAAAAGUAGAAUUUACAGCAUGUAAUGAGAGAAAGUCCGAUUUGCUGUAUUUUUUUUAAAUAAAAAUUCAACUGCUUAAAAGAAGAAAAAACUAGAAUUAAGAUUUUUAAUUUUAUAACCAAGUUGUUGUUAAUUCUUAAAUUAUCGUUUGUUUUAUACUCUUGUUUACAUAUAAAUAUGAACAUUUCAUUUCUUAUUAAUUUAUUGUUGAUAUUAGUAUAUGUGAAACAUUAUUCUGUACCAUUCUACGAGAAUGGUAUAGAAUACUGUCAUAGGAUUUUUCGACCUGGAGAUAUUUUCUAUGGCUUUUUAUCGAUUAUUUAUGUGUAAAAAUUACACCAUACCUAACCAGAAAACCAAUAAGCAUAUAGAAAACAAUUUGUAAUCCACUAAACUAUUUUUGUUUAAAUUAUGAAAAAGCUUUUACCUAGAAAAAGAAGUUUAAAGUCCUCAGUAAAUAUAUUUUUCGAUUCUACACACAUAGCUUUCUUGUAGAAUGAGUCUUGAAUUUUCAAACGCACAAAACAACAAUUGUCGAUGAAAUGUGAGAAUAGCAGAAACUAGAAUAGAAUAAAAGUGUAUCAUUUGUGAUAAAAAGUUUAAAGAAUACAGUCGAUGUUAAAAUAUGCUUAACAUUUUUUAUUGUUGCUGUAAGAUGUUGUUUGUUAGUCUGAGACUGUAAAUAGAAAUCAUUGUUUAUUUUAGGUGUUCUGAUCAUAUCAGUUUCAAGUAUGUAAUAUUCGCACUUAUUCCUUAAAUUAAAGCGCUUGGCGGUUUUUUCUUUUCACUUGAUCAGCUUUGAUAUCGUUUACGUAAUUCUUUUAUUUGUCGUAUUUGAUACACGAUGAUAGAACUAAAGUGAUGUUACAUAAUCUUUGAUAGUUUUAUACAUAUCAGUCAGAUUGAAAUGAACACAAACAAUGUUAUCAAUGAAUUUCUAUGUGUUAUUAUUCUAUUUUAUUGCCUCUUUUUUCUUGUUAGCCUGUGAAAUAAAACAGCAACCACAUGUUCGUCGAACACGUCGAAUAAUUGGUGGUAAUAUUGCGUGGCCUGGACAAAUACCAUGGCAAGUCUCAAUCAAUGUUAAUGGAGAUCACUUUUGCGGUGGUGCAUUGAUACAUCAACAAUGGGUAAUUAGUGCUGCACACUGUCUUAAAUAUUUUACAUCUAUCGAGAACUUUUUUGUCGUACUCGGUUUACAUUAUUUGGAUAAAGCUGAUCUAAAUGUUCAAGUUUAUCGCGUUGUUGCAUGGUAUCCAUUUCCUCGUUAUGAUCCAUGGGGUGAUCCUGCUGAUGGAAAUAUUACACGAAAUGAUAAUGAUUUAAUAUUAUUAAAAUUAGAAAAGCCAGCUCGUUUAACACAACGUGUUCAACCAAUAUCAUUACCGGAGCCCAUGCAUAGUUUUAAUUCACAAUGUUGUAUAGUUAGCGGUUUCGGAGUUAUCAAAGAAUCGCGACAUAGUACAAUAUUAAAAUAUUUAACUGUUCCGCUUGUUGAUCGUGAUGAGUGUGCUCGUGGUCAUCGUCCAAAACGAAUUAAAGAUUUUCAUAUAUGUGCUGGGUUUUGGAGUGGUGGUAGUGAUGCAUGUUCAGGAGAUUCUGGUGGUCCUUUGGCAUGUUAUGACCAGUCACAAAACGGUAGUCGACCAAUUUUAGCCGGUGUUGUAUCGUGGGGUAUUCGUUGUGCGCUGGAAAAGACAUACGGUGUUUACCAUCUGUUCAAAAAUGACGCAUUGGACAUAAAAAUGAAUACUGGCUCAUUAGAACUAUUAAAUUGA